AGGCAAAGAAGAAAUGGCGGAAGGGGAAAUAACAACGUUCAUGGCUCUGACAGAAAGGUUUGACCUUCCAAUGGGGAAUUACCAGAAGCCCAAGCUGCUUUACUGCAGCAAUGGAGGCCACUUUUUGAGGAUAUGUCCUGAUGGCACAGUUGAUGGCACGAGGGACCGAAAUGACCAAUACAUUCAGUUGCUGCUAAGUGCGGAAAAUUUGGGUGAGGUGUAUAUAAAGAGCACAGCGUCUGGACAGUAUUUGGCUAUGGAUGACAAUGGGCUUUUAUAUGGCUCGCAGUUACCAACGGAAGAAUGUUUGUUUCUGGAAAGAAUGGAAGAAAACCAUUACAAUACCUAUACCUCGAAGAAGCAUGCAGAUAAGAAGUGGUACGUUGCCUUGAAAAAGAAUGGGCAAAGUAAACUGGGACCACGGACGCAUUUAGGACAAAAGGCUAUACUUUUCCUUCCCCUACCAGUAUCUCCUGAUUAG